AUGGGCCUCACUCAAGACCAGAUCAACAUCGUCAAGUCGACGGCACCCGUGCUCAAGGUGCACGGCGAGACCAUCACAACGCUCUUCUACAAGGACAUGAUCGACACCCACCCAGAGCUCAAGAACGUCUUCAGUCUCCGCAACCAGGCCUCGGGCGAGCAGCCCCGGGCACUCGCCCAGUCUGUCCUCGCCUACGCCACCUACAUCGACGACCUGCCCAAGCUCAAGGCCGCCGUGGAGCGCAUCGCCCACAAGCAUGCCUCUCUGUACAUCCGCCCCGAGCAGUACGACAUCGUCGGUACCCACCUCAUGAAAGCCAUUGGUGAAGUCCUGGGCGACGCCCUCACUCCCGAGAUCGCCGAGGCUUGGACCGCGGCCUACGCCCAGCUCGCUCAGGUCUUUGUCGGCCGCGAGAGUGAAAUGUAUCGCGAGGCCGGUCCUUGGACCGACUGGCGCAAGUUCAGGAUAAUCCGUCGCGUCAACGAAUCCGAUUCCGUGACCAGUUUCUACCUUGCUCCCUCGGACGGUAAACUGCCACUGCCAAAGUACUUGCCCGGCCAGUACAUCUCCGUCCGAGUUCCCGUGCCGCAGCUGGGCGGCAUUACCCAGCCGAGGCAAUAUAGUCUCAGCGAUGCCGCCUCUAGGGGCGAUUGCUACCGCAUCAGCGUCAAGCGCGAGGCGACAGUCGUCAACGCGCCACAGGACGACAUUAGCAAGGGUCUGGUACCCGGUCUAGUCUCCAACCUGCUGCACGACAGCUACCAGGCCGGCGACGAGGUCGAGGUGUCUCACCCCCAGGGUGAUUUCUUCCUCGACACGGCACAGGCUGACAAGGCCGACGUCCCGCUGGUGCUGCUCUCGGCAGGCGUCGGCGCGACCCCGCUCAUGUCCAUCCUCAACACGGUACUUGGCCCCGAGUCCAAGACGCCAAGCCGGCCGGUCAAGUGGGUACACGCGGCACGUAACAGUGGCAGUCUGGUUUUUGCCAAGCACAUCCGAAACCUCACUCGCGAGCGGGAAAAUGUCAGUGCGCACAUCUUUCUGAAUGAGGUCAAGCCGGGCGACCAGAAAGGACAGGAAUACGACUUCGAACAGCACCUUGACCUGACGAGACUGCCUCAGGAGGACCUCGGCCUUGCCGACAAUAGAACCGAGUAUUAUGUCUGUGGGCCCAGAGAUUGGAUGCUCAAGGUGAGACUGGUGCUCGAGAGCAUGGGUAUUGAGAGGGGGAGAGUAAAACUGGAGCUGUUCGCGACUGGUGACGUCGAGCAGUAA